GUACGCCCAUCAGCAGAAAUGGACUAGCCACCGUGGCUUGGCAUGUUCGUACAUGCAAUUCAUUAACCCGGAAAUCCGAUCCCUCCCGAGGUACAAGCUCGUGACCACGCCUUGCAACUCCACCACCAACCUCUCCACCACUCACAUUGCGAGAAGGAAGCCGCUUGUCUGAAACAACCACUCCAGCACGCAUACAGACGGCUUCGCCGGCCAUGGGAUCCGGGUGCGUCACGCUGCCGAUGGGUAUAGAGGGGACGUGGUUAUAGAAUAGAUGGCGGGGAAAGCUGCUUUCUUCCUGAGGGUGUAAAUGCUCACGACCUAUAUUCACUUUCAUUUCUACUACUGCAUCUCUAUCUCGAAUACAACCCGGAUUUUCUAUUAAUCGUCAUAUAAGAUUAUUUUCUUGAUGUAUUCCCCUCAUCUCUAUUUACAUUGACACCUCUGACAAUGCAUCCGCCUUCUCCCUCUCCUCUGCCCAUCCUCCUCCUCCUCGCCCUCCUCCCCUCUCCUUCAUCCGCAUUCCCCUUCCCCUUCCCCUCCAACAAAAGACCCCCAUCCCAACACUUCCCCAACAUCCACACCCUCUCCACCAUCGGCGACUCCUACGCCGCAGGCCUAGGCGCCGGUCCCCGCCUCGACUUCUGGUGCUCCCGCCACUCUGACAGCUAUCCCUCUGUCCUAUUCCAAGCGCUCUCCGCGCAGAAGCAAGAAGACGCUGCGGCCGUCCCUUUCGAUGAUGUCGGGUAUCCGUCUCUUCAAAGCCCUCCUCAUGGCGCCGACACCGUCUCCGGAUCGGAAACAGUGCGAGACCUCACGCACCACUCCCACGCCUGCACUGGCGCCACCAUGGCCGACAUGCGGACCUCGCAACUGCCUCAAAUACCGGACGGCAGCACGGACGUGAUGACCAUCUCGGCGGGCGCCAACGACAUCGGGUGGACGGCCGUGUUGAACGCGUGCGUGUACCAAUUUUACCAUGAUUCUGCCUCUCAGGAGACGGAUUGCCGGUAUGCGAUUCACGAGUCCAGGAGGAAGAUGGAGGGCAUGGGGGAGAGAGUGAGAAGGUUGUUGGAGGUUGCGAGGGGGAAGAUGAACGUCUCGACGACGAAGACAAAUACAACGUCCCCCGAUCCAUCCGAAUCUGCAUUCCAGUGGAACCUCUGGACCAGACGCAAAAGCAGCAAAAGAAGAGGGGGACCAAACCCAAUCAUCUACCUAACUCUCUACACCCCUUUCUUCGCCCCCACCACCACUACCUCCCUCUCCGAAACCCAAACCUGCACAAACACAACCCUCUCCCUCUGGGCCCAACAACCCUCAAAGCAAUACCUCACCCCCACCCUCCGCACCUCCCUCAACGCCCUCAUCUCCGACAUGAACCGCAUCCUGGAAGACGCAGUUAUUGAAGCCAAUGAAGCGUUUGCAGACGUCGACGUAGCGGUCGUGCGCUGGGGUGAUAAAGUAGGUAGAAACCGGGGCCGGUUUUGCGAAGAUGGUGUUGAGGAGCCGGAGCCGGGGAGGGAGGGAUUGGCGUUUUUUGAAUGGGGGAGUGGUGCGGAUGAGGAGGAGGGGAGGUGGAGGGACAGAGCAGAGGGGGAUCUAGUGCCUGUAAGGAGUUUUGAGGGCGAGAUUGCGGAGUGGGUGUUACGGACCCUGCGGAGACAUUCGGAUUGGAGUAUUGCGGAGGUGGGGGUGGGGAAGAAGGCGGGUGGGUAUGGUGGUGAUGGGGAGGAGGGAAAGGAGAAAGAGAGACGGGAGAUGGUGGAUGCGGAAGUGACUCGCAGACGGCGUAGACGUAGCGAUGCUGCCGCGCGCAGUUCUGAGCCUCUCGAUCUCGAGCUCGACCUCAGCCUCGACGUUACGUCCGAUCCUUCACCCAGACCGGAUGAUUUUCUGUCAGAUGUGAUUUGGUGGCUGCUCCCAGACGGCUUCAGGCACAUCUUCCAUCCGCGGCCGCACACGCACGUCUUGAUCGCCGAGCUCAUAUUGCAAGAUCUCCAGCGCAGGGAAACAGACCAUACAAGGGAGUUGUAUUACAACUCGGCAAGCGUGUUCUUACUCCAGGUGGGAGCGUUGGUGAUGAGUGUUUUGGUGCUGGUGUUUGUAGGAGUGGCGGUCGUGAGGUUGGUGAGGUCGCUGUGGAGGUGUGGGCGGAGGGUGGGAGGUACAGGAAAGGGGAAGUAUGCCGCUAUUGAAGGGGAAGAUAAACAAAGGGAGGGAGAGACGGAGCCGUUGGUGAGGAAGGAUGAGGCGGCGAGAGUGGAUGCCUUCGAGGGGAUGGCUUAUGAUACCUUUGUAUAGACGACUUGUGAUGCUUCGUCUAGACGACUUAUGAUACUCUGUUUAAAGAACUUAUGAUACGCUCAUACAGCAGUCUUGA